AUAUUGCUCUUAUUCCCAGCUGGAGUAUUUGUCUGGAUCGUCGUGUUAUCUGUUGUGUUUUCGGGGCCUGCUGCGAGUGGACUUGAAUAAUAAAUAAAAAAAAAACAUGUCGUUUUGAUAAAACUUAUUAAAAGUGACGUGAGUUAAAUGCGUACUGUAUAGUUUUGUGAUACAGCAAGUGAGUUGUGAAUUUUAAAUGUUAAAUAAAUAAUAAAUAUAUUGUAUAGAUGUGGUAUAUAAUUGGUGUAGGAAUAUGGUGUGGAGAGAGAGAGAGCUAUAACGUCGAGUGUAACAAACGGUUGGGUUGGCACGACGUGAACGCAGGUAUAAUUUAAUAAAGCCCACCAGUGGCACACAACAGGGGAGGCUGGCGAUUUAACAGGAUAUCGAUUUGUGGCCCCCGCGAGAGCGGAGCCAGUGUGUGCCCGUGUCGUGUGUGCCUUUCUGGUCUCACUCAGUUGCAUUGCCAUUCAGCAUUUGCCAGAGUGAAGAGAAGAAGCUGAAGAAGGAGGCGGCCAUGGACGUCGAUAUUUUUGGGGCACAGCUUACCGUGUUAAGGCUCUAUCGCUUGAGCCGUGUAAGGCCUUGUGUAAAGGCCUGAUAGGGCCCGAACACAAAUAUUUUAAAUAUUUAUCACCUUAACCUUUACACUUAAAAAAAAAAAAUAAAUAAUAAUAACAGAAAAAAAAUUUAAUAGUAAUGCUACGAGCACCCCAGGAAUACGUUAACAUUAACAAAUAAACCAGUGUAACGAGCAGCAGAAGGAGGAGGAGAAGAACAAGACAGAGAUACUCAACACACACGACCGAUAAGUUAGAAAGAAAUAAAAUAUCACACGGUUGGUGAGCGAGAGCAAACAAGGGAGAAAAAAGAAAGAGCGAGUACUUGAAACAAGUGAGAAAAAUAGAUUCGGAAGGAAAGUGUGAGAGAGAGAGGUUGAGGAAGGACAAUAAUUUAAUACGGUUGAGAGAUUCAUCUUUUGACGACACUUAACAAUAUUACUAAAACGAAAAAUCUUUUUCUCUCCCUCUCUCUCUCUUUCUCUUGAUAUAGUUUUUUUUAAUUGUUAGUGGUUUUCUUUUUGUUUAAAAUUUUUUUUUUUUUUUUUUUUUCCAAUUAAUUUUUCUCCUUGAUAUAGUGCGCAUAUAAAAUACAUAUAUGUAGGACAAAAACUGCAGGGAAGAUUACGACCACAAGAUAAUUUAGAACGCGAGUGUAAGAGAGACAGUAAAGAUGGAACUCGGCGUUACGACAGAUACCGGAGGGGCGGUCGCAUGCCCUGUAUGUACACUCUACCUCAGAGAGGGUAUAAGUCUUCAGAGGCACUUGGACACCCAUCCAAAGGAACAAGUUAUAGAGGCACUGAUAAAAGCCAGUGGCUCGUCGUCAAAUUUGUCGUCUCUUCAGUUACCUCAAACCCAAGUGCCUCAGGUACCGCAAACCCUUCAGCCGUCACCGCCGCAACAGCAGGUCAAUGCCCAAAGCUCAACUUCAGCUCCAACAGCAGCAGCUGUUGCUGCUGCUCACAUUCCUACGCAGGCCCCGUUUCCCAUUGGACCUGUCUUUGAGUGUCCACCGAUCAAUGCAAUGAUGCCACCACAGUUUGCCUCUUUUAAUUAUCAACAAUUUGUCAACAAUGGUACUAUGAUGAUUCCACAGUACGCGAUGGCACCACCUCAGGCAAAUCAGAUGAUGCAAAUGCUCUAUAAUCCAUACAUGUACCAACAGCAACAGGUACCGACUGUGCAGAUGAUUUCACCAGUAUCAGCACUUCCAACAACCCGUAUUAGGCCGGUAGUCACUGUAGCUAACACUGAAACUACCAGAAAUGUUAUGAUAUCUACUAGUACUAAUGAACCUAAACAAAUAAUACCUGAGAUGAUUUCAGAGGCAAAUAUGGAAAGAAUUUUACCAGACAUGGACACUUGUACAAAUUCAAAUCAACAAUCGACAGAAAAUACAACAGAUAUACGACACGAUGAUCAUGACGGUGAUAAUUUGGUUAGACAACUGGAUCAUCGAGAUCAGCAAACCCAGAGUAAUUCACCGAGACGAGUGGCAGAUAAUAGUGAAGUUGUGAGAAAUGAUGCUGAAUCAGCAGUGCCUGAAGAAGAAAAGUCUGAGAGUAUUCUUCCGGAUAUGGAAGAACCAGAAGUUGAUAAUACUGGUGAUCAAUGUAGAAAUGAACAGCAUUUACAACAGGAUCAAGAACAUCAGACAUUUUCAUCUACAUAUAAUCAAAUUGACAGUGAAAAUAGUGGUACAGAUACACGACUAAAUCAGCAUAGACAAGAACAAGAUAAAUUUGAGACUCAAGAACCGAGUAAUAUUGAAAAAUUAAACUCUUCAAAGUCUAUUGAGUCACAAAUAAAUUCAGCUCAAACUCCGAUGGUAUUAGAAACAUGUCAGCAAAAUGAAGAAGAACAUCUCGAGCAUCUUCUUAUUACAAUGAUCGAGUCUGGUUUUGUUGAGACGCAUGAGCAAACAAAUGUUGUUCAUGAACCCAAUUCAGAAUCUAACCUUAAAACAAUUACAACCCAAAAUGAAGAACAAAUGGAAGAAGAAGAAGAACAAGAAGAAGAAGAAGAGAUAGAAGAAGAAGAGGAAGAAGAUGAUGAUGGUGAAGAACAAGAAGAAGAAUCACAAAAUAAUUUUACAACGAUUGACGAAACUAAAUAUAUUAAUGACAGUGAAGCUUGCGUAGAAAGGGAAAAGUGCAUUGACACGAUUAUUAUUGACGAAUGUGACUUGGACUAUGCAUAUCGGUAUAGACAUAGUUUAUCAGCGCCUGCGUCUCCAGUAUCAGCGUCAAAAAAAAUAUCACGGCCUUACACAAGAUCAGAGUGUGGUUCAACUGAAAAUCUUAAUUUUUAUCCAGCUGGUUUUGAUGCUACUGCACUGCAAGUUGAUGUUGAUCAUGAAGAUGACGAUGAAGAAAAUGAUGAUGAUGAAGAUGAUGAUGACGAUGAUGAUGAUGAGGAGGAAGAAGAAGAAGAAGAGGAAGAAGAAGCUAAACGUGUGGGUGAUAAUUUUGAUGAAGAGGAUAUGGAGAUUGAAGAAAUAGCUAGUCCACAUACACCAUUCAUUAAACAAAAUGAUGAUUUUGAUAAUGCACGUUCUCAUACGCCAUUAUCAGCAAUCAGUGGUAUCUCUGGUCUUCGAGUACGUAGCGAUCUUAGUAAACCAUCAUCACCAGUUUCGAUGCGGUCAUUUGAUCACAUGGAAGGUGAUAGUCAUGAUGAAGAAAGCACUGAUUCCAUAACAAGUCAGAAACAUCAAGUUGAUUGUUCACAAGUUGAUCACAGUGUAGUAAGGUCAAGUCAUGAUAUAUCUGAAGGUGCUUGUAUUGAUGCUGUAAGAAAAUCAGAAAAUAAUACCAGUGGAAUCUUUCAUCAGUCUGUUAUUACUGAGCAUGUUAGCUCAUUUCCAGCAAUUCAUUCGCAACAAUCAAUAACUAAUGAUAAUUAUUCAAUAUCUAAUAGUAAAAUUAUAACGCGUCAAUCAGAUUUAAGUUGUGGUUUAUCCCAAACAAUAGAACCUACUACGACAAGUAUCGAAUCUAAGAGUUUUCAAUCAACAUUAACUAAAACAGUAAACAACAUACCAACGACUGAGCUUCUUAAUAUCAACGAAGACGCCCAUUCAGGUCCUAUGAAUGUAUUCGAAUUUGAUGGACUUCAAAUUCUUGUUCCUAGUACAUUUAUAAGUGAAUCCUCGCAGAAGGCAAUCAGUGCAACAAGUCAACAGUCAAUGGCAAGCAGUGAAGGAGGUGCAGGUAUUGAUGAAGAAGUUAAGAGUGUCAACAUGCGGGCUGAUGAGACGAUGCCACCAAGGGGAGAGCUGUCUGAGCAGGAAAGCAACGGCUGCACGGAACACUCGGCUUGGCAGCUAUACGUUGGUCAAGAGUCUUCCCGUAUGUCGACAUCGUAUGAUCUGAUGGCACGUGAAAGCUGGGAAGAGUCAGAGGGAUCUGAUAAUGAGGCCGGUGUACCCCUAUUGGAUAGUCGUUCACUCGCUACUCACUUUACUUCCAGCUUAUUUCUUGAUCGAGAUAGAAAAACACCAACAAAACAACGUACAUUUAAAUGUUCACAAUGUUCAGAGGUUUUUGAUUGCCCGAAAGAACGACGUGUUCACAGUACAACUGUACACAAAGAAGCUGGUCCAAGUAACAGUUGCAGUAACAGUGAUAUUGCCGAACAAUCUGAAACAAAAGAUAUAAAACUUCUCGAUGGUCCCAUGAAUCCUUUUGAGGAUAUUUUUGUUCCUGGUAUACAUGUUCAACAGGCCUAUCAACAGCAACAACCGUUGCUACAUCAAAUGCAACCACCACAACAAUUAAGUGACAUCAGUAAAGUUGAAACUGAUGAAAAAACAGAAAGUCUUGCUUUAACACAGGGCAUAGAAAUUUCAUGUGCCAUGUGUACACAACGUUUUAGUUCUGAACGAAGUUUACAGAUGCACAAUAGACGUGUUCAUGGUACCGAAGUUGCACGACGUCUUCAUGAUAUUUCAAAAUGUCAAAUAUGCAAUGAAGAAUUUCCUUCAGUCGCUUUAUUUAAUGCUCAUUUAAAAAUUCAUCCGCUUGAAUGUUCUCAAUGUGGUAAAUAUUUUUAUCGUAAACAAAAUUUCAAAUUACAUAUGAAACGUCAUCUUGGUAUUAAACCAUUUCCAUGUACCGUUUGCGAUAAAGCAUUUUUAACAAAACAAAAAUUAGAUGAACAUAUGAAUGGUCAUACGGGUAAUGCACCAGUUAAAUGCAAUCUCUGUAAUGAAACAUUCCGCAGAUACUCAAAUUUAACUCAACAUAAAAAUCGUCAUCAUUUAAAUAUAAAACGUAAAUUAAAAGAUUAUAUAUGUCACUGUGGUGAAGUAUUUCAUACAAAAAAAAAGCUUGCUUGGCACAAGGAAACACACGAUGAAAAACCUAAAGCAUGUACCUAUUGCAAUGAAAGAUUUAUACACAUGGCUAGUUUAACACGUCAUAUGCGACGUGCUCAUAAUCGUCGUUUUGUACCAGAUGCUCAACGUGAAAAUGAAAAUGUUGAAUGUCCAAUAUGUAAGUGCAUCUAUUUACGUUCAUCAUUGUCGGUUCAUAUGCGUGUACACAAUGGAGAACGUCCUUAUGAGUGUCAGGUGUGUUCGAAAGCAUUCAGUACCAAGUGGAACUUACAAUUACAUAAAUGGACUCAUGCAGCACGUAGCACCAAACCCUUUAAGUGCAAUCAGUGUAGCGCUGCGUUUUAUCGUCACAGCGAUUAUACAGCACACAUGAACUCACAUAGAAAUGUAAGACCGUAUACAUGUAAUUAUUGUGGCGCUCAAUUUAUAAGAAAAUACAAUUGUUUAAGACAUGUUAAAGAACAUGAAGAAAAUAAAGCGUACACGUGUGACGUAUGCAAUAAAACUUUUCACCGGUCAUAUUAUCUAAAAGAGCAUUUACGUGUUCACAGUGGUGCACGACCAUACGCGUGUCACAUAUGCGGUAAAUCAAGUAGUACCAAGUCAAAUCAUAAUAAGCACGUGAGAAUUCAUCAUGCUCGUGAGCCUGUAAAUACUGAAAAUUAAAUUGCCAACUUGUUCAUUUUAUUUUAUUUUUAUUUUAAUUUCAAUUUUUUUUAUUUUUUAUCUUGACUCUUAAUAAGACAGUGUAUGAUGAUGAUAAAUAUUAAUCAGUCUGAAUUUAAUGUAGACAAUGCACACCCAGUGGGUUUAUAUUUAAUUAAUUGUGAGUGAUUGUGAUUGUGGAUAUUUUGAUCCAAUUUUAUCUUAAUAGUUAUAUAUUAUAAAUAUAUAUAUUUUUUUUUUAAAGAAUUAUCUGUGUUUGUUUUAAGAAAUCGUAUUAUUUUUCUUUGUUAUUACGAUAUGUUGUUUCAAUUAGUUGAAAUUUUGUUGAUUUUUUUUUUCUUACCUUUUUUUUUCUUUCAGUAUAUACGUGAUAAUCACGUAUAAAUUUAUUUUGACGUUAAUUAUUAGACGUCAUUAAUUUCAUUAUAUAUUAUAUAUAUUUAUGGUCUUUAAAUAAUGUGAUUCACAGAUUCAGCCACUCAAGACCCUAACUAUUUACUUAAGCUAUUUAACUUAGUAAUAUUAAUUAAUUAAUUAAAAAAAAAAUUAAGUGAAUAAUAAAAGUAAAAGAAGAUAAAGAAAACUAAUGGAAAAGUAUAAGAAACUUGACAAAAGUGAUUAUUGGCUUUUUUUUUGGAUUUAUUGAAUAUGAGAGUACAGGGAUUACGUAAAACAAUAAAUAAAAUAAAAUAAUGAAUUUGCCAAGUAAAAAUAAAUUGAAAGCAUUAAAAAUAAUUAAUCAUUAAAUAAUAUGGUGAACAUAAAUAAAUAUUAUAAAUAUAUAUUACUAAUGCGAGAAUUCUUAACAUGUCAGAUGUUGUAAGUGAGUUUUUUUUACUGUUUUACAAAGUGACAUUGAAUGAUAAUAAUGCAAGUUUUAACACAUUAAUAUUUAAAUAAAAUAUGUAAUAAUGACGACGGCCAAAUUGAAUUGAUAAUGCAUGUUUAUUAAGCCGUAAAUUACAAAUAUAAGCUCAUUUACAAUUUAUUAAUGACAAAUGAAAAAUAAAUAAAUGAAUAAUGCUAUCACUAGUUUAUAAAAAACAACAACAACAAAAAAUAAUAAUUAUUACAAACUUGAUAACAAUUGCGAUAUACUUUAGUUGUUAUUCUUCUAUAUUUAUAUUUUUUGCAAUGCAUAAAGUGAUUUUUAUUGGUAAAUUCCAAUAUUAAGACUGAUGAUGUUGGUUCUGUGUGCUGCUCUCUGCAAAUAAAAACUAAACGAAUAAUUCAAAUAAGAUUAUAUUAAUAAUUUAAUUAAUUCAUUAAUAUUAAUAAUAAUAAUUAUAAAUAUUAUGUUUGGACAUAUUUUUGUUUUGUUUAAUAUUUAAGUAUUUUAAUUAUUAAUUCAAUAAUGAUUGAUAAAUAUUAUUAUUAAAAAAAAAAUUAUAAAUAAAUAAAUAAGUAUGAAUGAUUAAUAGGUCGAAUAAUUGAAGUGAGAAUCCAGAAUAAAUCAUUCAUAUUAUCAUUUAAAUAGUUAGGCGCAAAUUAUUCUUCAACGCUGUACCAAAACAAUAAUUAAGGUAAAUUAAUUGAAGAUAAUGCGCGAGUACUCGGAAUAUUGUUGGUAUGUUAAUUGUAAAUUAAUAAUGAUUGUUUACGAGAAAAAGAGUGAGGAUGAAGGUGGACAAAAAAAAAUCUAUAUGUGUCGAGAGAGCAGUAUAAAAAAUAAAUAAAAUUGAUUGUCUGUAAUAUUUAAUAUAUCGGAUAUAUUCUUAAACUAUCGUAUAAUUAUUAAAAUAAAAAAAAAAUAUUUAUAAAUAAAUUGCUCGUAAAUUUUCGAGUUAAGAAACCAACAUCGAUGUCCGAACGUGCAAUUUGUUUAGUAAAAAAAUAAUGAAAAUAAUUGAAAUAAUUAAUUAUAAUAAACAAAUAAAUGAAUAAAUGAAGAGACAACGUAAAAAAUAGAAAAAAAUUAAUGUCUAUUUCAUAUAGAACGAAUUGAAGCAACUGUACAUAUGUAUUGUAAAUAUGUAUAUCAAUGCUAUUUUAUAAUAGGGUCAAUGAAACUAAAACAGAAUGUUUCACUCGGCAAAAAAAAAUAAUAAAAUACAAAGUAUGAAAUAUUUAUUCAUACUAUUGCGGAUAAAUAAAUAACUAAUGUAGGAUAAUUACAAUUUUAAAAAAUCUUAAGAAAAAUUAAUAAAAAAAAAUUAAUAAUAAUAAUAAUAAUUAAUAAUAAUACAAUUAAGUCAACAUGUGUACACCUUAAUAAACGUUAUGUAUUGAGGUACUUUUUAAAAAUCGUUUUAUUUCUUUAUUUUUUUUUUUAACAAUUCAACAGUCC